UAGUUUUGUAAACGACCGUUACAAAAUUACAGGUUAGGUGUAGAAACAAACUUUUGUAAAUUUUAAAAUUCCCAAUAUUUAUAAGUUUUUUAAUUAGUAAAAAUAAUUAGGUUUACAAACAUAAGUGAAUCUUACGUCAGUGAAAUUGUUUUUAUUGCUGUAACAAUUAUAAAUGUGCGAUUGUGCAAUUUAAUUCUCAAGUUCGGAAUUGUUGACACAAUUUUAAUUUCUUGUCGAUUCAGCUGAUGUGUGUGUGUAUGUGUGUUGCUGACAUCAUUUCCCGAGUGUUUUCGCGCUAAAUUAGAGUAGAAGACGCGUGGGCAUUUGUAAGCGGAGUUGUUGAAAUUAGUGGAAUUAAAAAGUGGGGUUUAUUCUCUUGUCACCUGACCUGACCUGAAUUUAGUUUACAAAUUUUUUUUUAUUCCACUUUGUCUCUGUUAACGAACAGUGAUCACGUAACGUGAAAAUAUUCUGCGAUACUAAUAUAUACACGUAUAUAAAAAAUGUCGCAGCCUUCGGUGGCAGCGUAUUUCACCACGAGGAAACGUGCUGCCUCCGAGGAGAUUCGCAAUAAAGCAAAAGUAUUAUGUUUGGAUCAAGAAACAACAACAACAACAAGAAACUCAAGUAUUUCACAAGAUAAAUUUGUUGAUUUACAGAAAGAAUCAUCGACAUUGCUUACUAUUGUGCCUGAAGAUAUUUCCAACGAGAAUAGUACAAGUCCAAAACAAUUUUCCAAAGGUAAAAGUACCGAUGUCGAUUCACCAGCUGUUAAAUCAAAUUCUGCAGUGCGAAAUAUUAUUUUCGAUUUACAAAAACCUGGCACGCCAAAAACACCAAGAAUGAAUACAAGAGCUCGCACAAGGUCACGUAAACUCUCCUGUGAGGAAGGUCAAACUGAUAUUCGUGAAACUUUUAUGAAAUUCGAUGGAACGAGUACAAAUAAAAAUGUGAUUUUCGAAAAGAAGGGCCUACUGAGUCCUAAAAAGCGUCCGAGUUCUUCUAGAAGUCUCAGAACACCGAAGAAAAAUGAACAGGAAGCACCAGCCGCUGGUUCUGUUACUCCAAAAAAAACUCCAAGAAUUGAUGCACCCAUAAGAACAGAUUUAAAUUUCGCUGAGAUUAAAAAUAAAAUUAAUCAAUCAUCAAGACUCGCUGAAAUUAAGGAAAGAAUUAAUAAAAUUCGUAAUUGCGAUGAAAAAUUGACUCAACUUCAGGCGCAAAAUGAUAAGAAACAAGAACAGAAGCCACAUAUUCAAAAGUUUGAUCAAAUUCAGUUAGAAAUUCCCGUUAGUCCAUCGAAAGCAGCCAGGUCGCCGAGUAAGCUCUUAAUGAGUCCUGUGAAAAAUAUACAGAUAUUAAAAACAGCCAGCCCUCAACGUCGUUUAUUGUUUGAACCAAAAGAACCAUCAUCAAGUCCUGUUAAAGGAAGUCCAACAAAAUCUCCAGCUUAUCAGAGAUAUCAGUCAUUAGCCGAAAGUACAGCUCCUGCUUUAGCAUUGCCUUAUAACUAUAGAUUCCUUGCAGAAGUUUUCAGAUGUAUUGAUACGGUUGCAGCCAUGCUUUUUAAUCGAAAGGAGAAGAUAACAUUUAAAAAAUUGAAACCUGCCGUUCAAGAAUUACUUCGACGUAAUUUAAAUUUAGAUCAUAUUGCUCAGAUAAAAAGUAUUUAUCCCGAUGCAUUUGAAUUUAAUCAAGAGAAAAUUCGUAAUUUUGGAUCAGCUACAAAAGUGCCAACCUAUGAUCUUGUAAUAACACCAUCGGUUGAAACACGAAGCGGAAGAAACACUCCAGACGCUGAUAAUAUUCUUAAAUCUGGCUCAGAAGUCAGUAUGAGUCCAGUUGUUCUAUUGGAGAGACGUCGAAAAUUCUACAAUAAUCUUUUGGACAAAGUUAAGGACGAACACGAGGAGUUCCUGAAAAAUUUAGAAACUCCAAUGAUUGUACCAAGAAGCAAAUUGGUUCGCUGGCAUCCGGAUUUUGAUAUUGAAAAUUGCAAAGCAAUUGAAAAAGCCGAAUUACCACAACCGCCGAAUGUGGAAAAAGCAUCAUCCGCUAAAAACGUUCUUGAUAAAGCUAAAAGUCUUUUCAAUUGCAAUACGCGAAUGGAAAAGGCAUUGCAACGAUUGGCUGAUGCAAAAAUGACGAAAAAUUCAGAAUCGUCACCAUCAAGUACAGAAAUUUUAAAUACCGAUAUUCAAAGUGAAACAAAUGCCGAGGGCUUUAAAAAGGUGCAAAUUUCAGUUGUGGAUACACCUCCUACAACUCCAACUGCAACAACUACUGCCUCAAGUAGCGUCAGUCUCAAUCCCGCAUUAAAAGGAAUACCUAAAGCUCUUUUAGAGAGGGUCCGUGCAAAACAAGCUGCUAAAGCAUUAGAAGCAAUGACAAGAUCGCCAGCCGCGGAUAAAGCAGCAGCGAUGCAUUUGAGAUUACCUGAAAUUGCUAGAAUUCUCCGUAAUAUAUUUGUGGCUGAAAAGAAAAGUGUAUUAACAAUGGAAUUUGUUCUACAAAAAUUAGAUAAUUCUUAUAGAAUGAAAUUAACACAAACUGAAUUGGAAGAGCACAUUCGUCUUUUGUGUAAUGUCGCGCCAGCGUUUACGAAUAUUCGAAAUGUGAGAAUGAUCGAUUAUUUAAAACUCGUGAAAGAUAUUGAUUUGGCUAAAGUCAUUAAAAAAUUAGAGAGCGUAGCUAAUGACAAAAUGAAAACUUGAUAAUAGUGAGAGAAUUUGAAAUAGUCUCUUUUUUUUUUCUUAAAAAAAAUAAUUAGAAUUUAGCAGUCGAUAAUUCUACAGAAUUUUCUUAAACUAAUUAAUAAAUUAACAUAUUAUCGUAUUGAUAAUAUAUAAUUUGCACGUGCAUGAUAAACUGAAUAAGUUUUUACCAUUUUUUUUUUCUUUUUUUUAAUCUAAUUUACAAUUUUUUGCUGGUGUGCCUUACAAUUUAAUAGUUUUCAGUUUAAAAUACACAACGAUGAAUUUUAUAAUCUGCAGAAAAAGACUGCAAAAUAUUUGAAUUAAAAGUUUUACCUUUAUAAGAUUGAGACUGAAUUUAAUAAAAUUUUGAAAAAAAGUAUGUACCUCCACUUAAAUCAAUAAAAUUUAAUUUUCAUUUAAGUAA